ACCUCCUCGGGACUGUUCGCAGCUGCGAGUUCCUUCAUAACUCCCUUUUCACGCACAAGUCCAUGACCGGAGAGCUCGCAUGUGUCAGUAACGAUGGCAAGAGGUGGUGGAAUCAGGAGUGUCCCUUUUCAACAUCUGCCCAGUGUCACCUGAGGUGUUGGAAGGUGAUGCUCUUCGUGUGUGUGUGCCUGCUGGGUGUAGCUGACGGGUGGAUUCCUGCAGAAGGGAGACAAGCAUCGCCCCCUAGUGGUCUCAGCACCUGGGGCAGCAUGGCUGUACAACGCCACCUGUCCCGGGGCAGUAGACCUCCCUGGGCUGCCCUGCAUGACACAUCAUUGGUGGAGGAAGGUGAGGCAUACAGGAGCAGGUGGCAACGCACUCCGGCAGACCCCUCCCCGUCCCGGAAGCCCCGCCCCCGCAAGGGCCACAGGGGGCGCAAGCGACACCGCGGCGAUGGGGACUGCCGUCUGGAGAAGAAGCAGCUCCGUGUGCGCGACUUGGGCCUGGGUUACGACUCGGACGAGAUCGUGCUGUUUAAGUACUGUGCAGGGGCGUGUGCGAGCUCCCGCACCAACUAUGACCUGGCACUCCGCGUCCUGGAGGCCGGCGGGGGCGUCGGGGGCCGGGAGGUGAGCACCGGGCCCUGCUGCCGUCCCACCCGCUUCGAGACCGUCUCCUUCAUGGACGCUCGCGCCAGCUGGCAGACCAUACGUUGGCUCUCUGCCGCUAACUGUAGCUGUGUGGGAUAA